AUGAGAGGGAGGACAAUACAUUGGUGGUGGCAUAAUGGCUUUGGUGGUGGUGUUGUGGCUCUUGGUGCGUCUAUGGGGUUGGGGAAGAAAGAGGGGGGGAGUGAAGGACAAUACUUUGGUGGUGGUGGUGUUAUCUUUGCUGGAUUCGAGCUAGCUAGUAAUUGCAAUGUUGUUGUGGCCUUACUGUCUGGCGUGGGUGAGUUGGAAUCAUAUAGUCGGAGAAUGGAGUGUGCAGCUAAACCAUUCAAGCCUCCUUCAAACAUAUCUGAAAUCGGCUCCACAUUUGCCAAAGUUUGUAGAUUUAGGUCCAUUGGUGUUUUGCGCUCGGAAAACCCUCACCAUCACCAACUAUGUCCAAGCAAUGGCACCAAUGUUCUGCCAUUGGCCGAUGACAGUAGCUAUGAUACUGAGGAAGGUGAAUGUGAUGGCGAGAAAGUUCAUCCCUCGGUCAAGGUACAAAUCAAAAGCAUGGAAUGUGAUCAUGUGAUCUUGAAGUUGUUUGAAGCAAUUUCGGCUCUCAAAUUAGCGUAUGUUUAUCUUCAAGGUGCUCAUAUUUCAUUUGACCCAGAUAAAAUUAGAGCUUCUAAUGAAGUCAUUGUCUCUCAACUUGAAGCAUUGUCUAAGAUUAAGCGUGCCUAUAAAGAGAAGCAAUUUGGAAAAUUCAAUUCAAUUUUGGCUUGUUUAGCUUUUCUGCUAGCGAAAAUUCAAGUUCAAGAGAGGCAGUUAAAGAAAUUGAAGACCCAAAACCAGGUCAAGGAAGCUGAGAUAGCUAGUUUGCGGCAUGACUUUCACGAUCUGGAUUUGAACAACAGAAAACUGGUUGAAGAGUUGAGACAGAGAGAAAAGGAGGAUGCUGGGCUCUUAAAUGUUUCUUCCUUUCAGGACAUUGCCAAAGCAGCGUCAAAGGCCAUUCAUGAUUUCACAAAGCCAUUAAUUGCUUUAAUGAAAUCUUCAGGUUGGGAUCUAGAUAAGGCAGCAAAUGCAAUUGAAAAUUCGGUUGUCUAUUCAAAGAGGUCCCACAAGAAGUAUGCAUUUGAAGCUUACAUUGUGCGUAGAAUGUUUUAUGAGAUAUCUUUCCAAUCUUACUAUGUUGGCAAUAUUGUGAAAUUUGAUGACCCAAUUGAUGCUCUGAUAGAAGAACCAGAUUCUAGUUUUUCCAACUUUUGCAGAACAAAGUACCUGUUAGUAGUUCAUCCAAAGAUGGAAGCGUCUUUCUUUGGGAAUUUGGAUCAUAGGUCGUUUGUGUCUAGUGGAAGGCAUCCAAGGACGCCAUUCUACCAAGCUUUCCUCAAAAUGGCAAGGUGGGUUUUUAUUCUUCGGGGGCUCGCAGCUUCAACCGAACCAAAAGUCAAAAUGUUUGGUGUUAGGCGAGGGAGUGAAUUCUCAGAUGCUUAUAUGGAACGUGCACCGGAAUACGAGGGAGACAUGGUAGUGUAUGAUGAAGAGCGGUCAAGAUUCAAAGUAGAGUUUAUGGUAGCACCUGGGUUUAAAUUUGGAGAGACGGUGGUCAGAUCUAGGGUAUAUACCUCAAAAAUGUAAUCUCAAAUGGCAUCUGCUAGGAGGAGUUCCUCUGGCUCACUGAUAACGCGGGAAAAUCCAAUCACUUUUUGGUGCCAAAUACAAUUAUGCAUUGUCCUUUUGAAUGAAUGGAAUUUUGCCUCAAAGUUAGAAUGGUAUGUUGUCUUUUGAAUCAAACCUUUUAAGUUCAGGUUAUUUUGAUAUAUCUGUUUUGAAGGUGCAGG